AUGAGAAAGAAAAAGCCAGUUGAUGAGCUUUUAGAGAUUGAGUUUGAUAAAAACGGUAGGCCUACUGGCCCAAAUGCAAAGAAUUUCUCAAACUACCUGGGCAGUGUGGUUCGUCAUCAUGUGGAUAUUAAUAUCACAGAUUGGCCUCACGUCUCCCAUAGAGUCAAAGAACAAAUUUGGCAUGAGCUUAAGAAAGAUUUUAAUCUCUCAGAUGAAGAGCUAAAGAAAAAUAUUCUGAGGAUUGCGGGGUUGCGUUGGAAAGAUUUCAAGACAAGGUUGGUGCGGGACUUCAUCAACAACAAGCAUCAUAAGUAUAACUCUCCCAUUGAGUUAUAUGCUUUCUUGGAUGAAGAAAAAUGGAACAUAUUUCUAGAAAAUCAUCAAACUGAGGAGUUCCAGGCUAUAAGUCAGAAGUAUAGGGAGUUGCAAGCUCGAAAUGAGCAUCCCCACUACUUAGGGUCCAGAGGAGCAAAUGAUCGUAGCUUGGAUUGGGUUCGAGCGAGGUCUAAAAAAUCCGAAGAUGGAAGUUAUUACAUUCCCAAUGAAAAAACAAUGGAAGUGUUAGGUAAAAUUAUCGAGAAGGGUGAAGAGAUGUCUCAAGGAUCAUUCCAACCAGCCCGUCAAAAUGAUAUAUUAUCAGCAGCUCUGGGCACCAAUGAGCACGGUGGCUAUGUGAGAGGCGUUGGAGUGCAUAGCAAGAUUCGGGAUGUGUUUGGUAUGCCUAGCCGUGGGAAAUCAUCUGGAGGUGUUUCAGGGGUUGAUCUUGAGGCUAUGGAAAAAAAAUCUGUAUGA